AUGCAAAUGUCCAACUGCGUUACCCCAGUUCGGCGCGAAAACUACGUUCAGCAGCUGAGCAGCAAGUAUAUUCCCGAGGACAUCUUCGGAUCCUGCACUAAUAUGCAAAAUUGUUCGCAGAAAUGCUAUGACAUGUUACGCAACGAUUACAAAUUCUAUCUGGCCUUUGAAAACACUUGGUGUCCAGAUUAUGUGACAAAAAAGUUUUACAGGAGCUUAAAAUAUAACACUGUUCCAAUUGUGAUGGGUGGGUCUGAAUACGAACGCUUUGCACCACUAAAUUCUUACAUGAACGUUAAAGAUUUUCGAUCUCCUAAAGAGCUCGCUGAAUAUAUUUUGAUGCUGCAGAAUUCGGAUGAAUUAUUUGCAAAAUAUUUUAAUUGGAAGAAAUAUUAUUCUAUUGCAAUGCCUUACAAUCAUGGUUUAUGCGAAUUAUGUCGCAUGGCCCAUGAUGAAACCCUUCCACCCAAAAUAUACCAGGAUAUUAAGGAAUGGUGGUUCGAUAGCGUUAAAUGUCUUAACACCUCGAACUAA